AUGCUGAUGUUAUGGUGGACGACCUCGGGGGCUGCCGCUGAAAAUGAUGUGUCGGAAGGAGAAAACCUUUUCGAGCUGGACACUCUGAACGCGCAAUGCCACAAACCUACCUCGCCGACGACGACGACACCCAUCCUCGGCGCAUCCUUUACACCCGUCGCAGGCCCGCCUCCUGCGGUAACAUCGGAAAAUGUUUGGCCGCCACCUCCACCUCCUGCUGAAACCUCGGAAAACUUUUGGCCACCUCCUCCGUCUCAUACUGUAGCCUCAGAAUAUUUUUGGCUGCCUCCUCCGCCUCCUGCUGAAACCUCGGAAAACUUUUGGCCACCUCCUCCGUCUCAUACUGCAGCCUCAGAAUAUUUUUGGCUGCCUCCUCCACCUCCUGACGUAACCUCGGAACAUUUUUUUCCGCCACCUCCGCCUCCUGCUGUAACCUCGGAAAAUUUUUGGCCGCCUCCUCCGCCGCCACCGAUGACAACCGGCACGGCAGCGUUCCGCCGUGACCCUGCUGUGCAGAAGCCGUGCGCAUCCGUGCGUGGAGCCGAGGGGAAGAAUUGCAAACUUACUGCCGUGUGUCCAUAA